AUGAGUAAAAUCUCUCUUUCACCAAUGAAUCCAGCUGCUAUGGCAAAUCUCAAUCGAAUGACAUUUUUAAUGGCAAUUUCAGAAAUAACACCACAAAUUUUCAUAUCAGGUUAUUAUCUUUCGUCCUGCAUUUCUGUUCGUUCACAUUCCUCAACUAUCACGUUUUCAGGUCAAAUGGCAGCAACACUCGAACAAGUUCAACGUCUGGGUAUAACUUAUAUUCUAAAUGUGGCCAUUGAAUCAUCACCUAUUGUUUAUCCCAAACAUGUCAAACUCGAGAAAUUUGAAAUUACCGAUUUUCCGACUACACCCAUCAGUCAUUAUUUUCAUACAUUAACCGAUAAAAUUCAUGCACAUCUCAGUGCAAAUAAACAGAAUAAAGUGCUUGUUCAUUGUAUGGCUGGCAUCAGUCGAAGUACAACUAUUGUUUGUGCGUAUUUGAUGCGGUUUUUGAAUUUGUCUUUACGUGAAGCAUAUUUGUUGUGUAAAAGACAUCGGCCGAUAUGUUUUCCAAACUUAGGAUUUUGGAAUCAAUUAAUUUCUUAUGAAUUUCAAUUGAAACGAGAGAAUAGUGUUCGAAUGGUUUCAACUCAAUUCGGACAGAUUCCUGAUGUGGCUUACGAAGAAAUAAAGCAGCUGUAUGACGAAGAUCAACAACGGCAACAACCACAGCCAAUAUCUUUACCGUUCUAUGCUCCAACAUUUGCAACAAGUAACAAUGGCGCGACUCGAAGUCCUGCUGUCAGCACAAUUUCAAGUAAUAAUAGUAAUACUAACUUCCCGUCAAAUCAAGCACGUUCGAGUCCUCGAGAUUUACCGAUGAACAAUUCUCCUGCGGCAGCGCGAUCGCGUUCAUUAGCUUCGAAUGCAGCCAAUCGAUCAGCUGUUAUUGCUGCGUCGACAAAUAUCAGUAAUCCAGAGUAUCAAACACCAUUAUUCGAAACAAAUCGAUUUACAAAUGCAUCCCCGACGCGAUACAAUCCAAUCAGUCGUUCAAGUCCAUCGCCUUUGACAAUCAAUAAUUCAUCUCCGUCGAGAUCGAAUGUUUCAUCAAUAUCCUAUGCUGGUAAUCGUAAUCUGCCUAUAAGUACGUCACCAAAUGUGCGUGGCCGUAUGGUUCACCAUCAACAAUCACUGAAUGCGCCAAGUGCAGAUCGGAACACAUCGUUGAUGAUUAGAAAUAAUGGUCAACAACGUUCCAAUUAUGAAACGACCUAUCGGUCAAGUUUUAUCAAACCUUUAAUUUAA